AUGACCUCCGGGCGGUUGUGCCUACUUGGGGCGCUUGGCUGCGGGGUCUGUCCCACUGAUCAGACUCGUCAGACCGCGUCGACAAACUUGGAGCGCUUGCCCGUGGGAUCUGCCUGGCCAGAGUUGUCAGAUCGGUCGCGUCGCCUCUUUUGGAUUCCAAAGCCCAGCAAACUCGGGGCGGGUGCUUGGCUGACGGGUCUGGUUUCUUUGAUAAAG